GAUGUGCUGGUUACUGAAGCACGUGAGCUUCUGGGACAAAUCAUAAAUCUGUCUCUGUUCUCUAGGGAAGUGGGCAUUCAGCAGGAUGGGAGAAUUCACCUCACAGUCGUUUACUUUGGAAAAGAACAAGUGAAUGAGGUCAAAUCUAUACUUGAAAAUACCUCCAAAUCAACCAAUUUCAAGAACUUCACUUUCAUCCAACUGAAUGAAGAGUUUUCCAGGGGCAAAGGAUUAGAUGUUGGUGCUCGAGUUUGGAAAGGAAGUAAUGUUGUUCUCUUUUUUUGUGAUGUGGACAUAUACUUCACAGCUGAAUUCCUGAACUCCUGUAGAUUGAACACACAGCCAGGAAAGAAAGUUUUCUAUCCUGUACUCUUCAGCCAAUAUAAUCCCAGUAUAAUUUAUGGCCAUCAAGAUUCCAUACCAUCUUUAGAACAGCAGCUGAUUAUUAAAAAAGAAACUGGAUUUUGGAGAGACUUUGGUUUUGGAAUGACUUGCCAGUACAGAUCUGAUUUUAUCAACAUAGGUGGCUUUGAUCUGGACAUUAAAGGCUGGGGUGGUGAAGAUGUACAUCUGUACCGCAAAUACCUUCACAGCAAUCUCAUCGUGAUCAGAACACCCAUCAGGGGUCUCUUCCAUCUCUGGCAUGAAAAACAGUGUCUGGACGAGCUGACCCCAGAGCAGUACAAAAUGUGCAUGCAAUCCAAAGCCAUGAAUGAGGCUUCUCACGGCCAGCUAGGGAUGCUUGUAUUCAGGCAAGAGAUUGAAACUCACCUCCACAGACAGAAACUGAGCAGUAAGAAGACCUGAAGCCAGAAAUUUGCUAACAAAAGAUGGGUUAAGACUGAAAGAGAAUGAAGAUUUCAACGGGCUGGAAGCAAAAGCAGAUGAGGGAAAGCGCUUGUCCUCACUUCUUCUGACUUUCCUUAAUAGGGCUUUUAAAUUCUCCGUUAGCUUGUUCAGCACUUGCUUCCAGGGGAGACUUGAACGCUUGGUGAGAUAAAAGGUCAUGGAGACAAUGAAGGUUUCAUAAAUAUCACUGUGAUACAGUAAAGAAGGAGAUGCUCUUCCACUGGAAUGUUUGUAAGAUGCAUGCAGUUGUUUAAAAGAUUGACCCUUCGGUGGAUCAAUAAUAAUGAGCUAUUUUCUACGUAUCUAAAAAAGGCUGUGUUCAAAGAUACAGAGUACCUGCUCUGAAAAGGAAAUCUGAUUAUUAACAGUGGUUAAGCUGGAGUGACCAAAAGUCUUUUUUCCUUUUUGGGAGUUGGGUGGGGGGGGCAGCUGCAGUGUACUUACAGGAUUAUUCACCAGUUGAUUCAGUGACAAGAGCCAUUUCAGUGCUUUCUAAAAUUCAGAAAGAGAAAAUCCUGCCAGUCAACUGUGAUUUUUCCAGAACAUGUGAGGUUAGUGUUGUUCUAUUUUGUGGACAGUAAACCAAAAGCAAUUGUCUCUGUCUGUAUCACAUGAAUCAGAUGGUGUAUUUCUGCUUCAGAAUACUGUAAGUAUCUCAACAUUCUUUCUUUAAAAUGGAUUUGGUUUUGCCUGGGAAUUAAGUUGUCAAUACUUGUGGUUUUCAAAUUCUAGCCUUACUAGGAAACAGUACAACCUUCCAAUGCUUGGAAAAUGUUCUGCAGUUCUGUUUUUCCUGGAUGGGAACUUUGCUCAGAUAAAUGAAUUGAUUUUACUGUAGAAUCUGAGUGCUGGAAGAAAGAAGCUUUAUGCUGGAGAAGAGGAAACGUAUUUCAACUUGGAGUACUGGUUUAGCAGGAAACUUCAAAUUCUGAAUGCCAGUUACAAAAAUUAAUGAAAAUUUUCUGACUUUAUACCAAAGUAUUCCAUCUGAACCAAAUCUAGAAUCUUGCCCAGGGCAUAGCAGAUUUUGUAAUUAACAAAAUAAAUUUUUUUAAUGAAUUACUGAACCCUGGAAAUUCUCUUACAGUAAUUGUGUGUUCAUGAAAUCAGCCAUCUUAAUAGUUUUUUUUCAAUGAUCUAACUGUUCCAAGUGAGCUAUUGUUUUUGUAGAGCGGUUUAAUGCUGACUGCUGUAUAUCAUUUCAAUGUUAAAUAGCCAACAAAAAAUGCAUGGGUUUGUCAAUCCAUUUAUUUACCUAAGUGCUGCUUCUCCCAGUGGUCUCUUUAUUUUAUAGCUACGAACUAGUUCAAGGCUGUCUGAAACUAGAUUGUAAUGUGGCUUUUGGGUUGUCAAAGCUAGGGGCAACAAGUAUAAAAGACAGUAAUUAUGAAUGAAUAAAAUGCUAUUUGUCCUUUGGCUGAGUGAUAGGAAGAGUGCUCGUGAACCUCUCUAGAAAGCACUGCAUGCAGAAUCUGCAAAGAACGUGCUACUACUGUUAGUACGUCUUCCUUUGUACGUUUACAUAUUUGCCUUUUGUUAGAUGCAAGUGACCUUCAUUGCACUUUCCGUGUGGAACACCAAACAUGUCCCAAAAUUGUGCAAAAAUACACAAGGAUCUGCUGGAAAGAGAACUCCGUGCUUAGGAAAGAACCCUUAAUGUAUCACUUACAAUGCUAUCAGCAAUAGUUCAAGUAGAUCUUCCAAAGAAUGGUUUUCUUUCCAGCAUGCAUGAUAAAUUCUUUAAGUUAAUCUGUUCUGAUGGAGGAAUCUGACAAAUGUUAUUGUACUGGGAGGAGUCAGGCAUGUUGAAUACAUCUGAGGGCUGUGAUCAGCUCUGUUCCAAAGUGAAAGCUUUUCCUAUAGUCCCAUUUAAGCUGGAUUUGAAAAUGGAUGAUGCAUAUAGUAGAAAUUUCAUAAUUGCAACCGGCCUUGAACUUGACCUUUUCUAUUUCCUGUGAUAUUUUCCAUCAUCUUCUGUUAAGUAUACCCUAAGCCCUGAGCAGCUUAAUGUUACUCUGAGGUUGGCACGUCCUACUUGUUGAGCAUGGUUGGAUGAUCUCUGGAAGUCCAUUGAAACCUAAAUUAGUUUCUAAUUCUAAGCUUUGGGCAUCUGUAAGUUCAAUACUUUGCUACUUUGGGUGUAGCACAUCAUCAAGCCCAUGUCAAAGUUGCACAAGUUAAGUUUGUUGGCUUUGUUGGUUUUUUUUUUUUUUUUCUUUUGAGAUCUCUUGUGAUUUUUCUUGCAUGUCUUUUCCCAUAGGGAUGCCAGGAGUAAUACUGUCUAUGUGCUUUCUGUCUCCUGGCUGCAGAACCUAGUUUGGCAAAAGGUGGGAAUGAAUCAGUGAUGAGAGCACCAGCCCACAGUCAUUGGCCAUCCCAGUGAGAUUCAGAGGAAAAGCUAAUCACAGCAGAAGUCUGGUAGGCCUGGCUUAAGCAUGGAGACUGUACUGAUAUGGAAAAAAGAGAAAGGGAAGCUGUUAUUACCUACACUUCCAUAGACAAUUGGAGGUCUUUCAUGCUGAUUAUAUGAACAUCCAACAUAAGUGUAGCUUUUGAUAGGCAGCUCUCUACCUUCCGUGUCCUAGAAACGGACAUCUUGUGAUCUUUCUCAGAAAGGCAGUUUUAACAGGAUCUUAGCUGGGGAGAGAAUACAGGUCACUAUUCACAUUCGGACAGGUCACACGGGAAUUUCUGGGUUUACUUUUUGAGGACUUUGGGAUGUUCUGGUUAAAGGAAUGAAGGCCUUUGACUAAAUAAAUUGACAUGUCCUUUCAGCUGUCAUAAUUGUUUCAGCAAGUAGUUUACUAAUGUUAUUACCCUUGUAAUACUUGCACAGCAUCCAUUGAAGAAGAAAUUGUGGACUUUUUCUACAGACUGUGAAUAAAACCGGCAUCUCUGAUUCUUCCUUGCUUCACUCAUUCUAAGGGUAACUUGCAAAUAGGAAGUUAUAAUACAAAGGUAUCCACUAGUCAGCAGUCCAAACAGUGAAGAGGCCCAUUAUGGAUCUCAGAGACACAGUUGCUCAUGUUUGUGGGGUCCUGCUGUGUCAGUGCCAAAUCAACCUGCACAUUAAGUCUGCAAGUUAACAGACUGUUUCCCAAGUUUUCUCUCCCUGAGAGCUCUCAGACUCCACCUUUUUAACAGAGACUUUGUCUGGUUUUUACUAGCCCAUACUUACACAAAAUUCUGUAUGAUUAGUCUCCAGCAGGACAACUGCUAUGCUGUACACCUGAGAACGUGAGAAGGUAUUCUCUAGUGCUGUGAUUCUGUGACUUAGAAUUUCUCAGAAGAA